GUGUCCGCCUCGGCGGCGCGGGGGGUGCCUCGUCUCGUUUGAUUCGUCUCCGUUGGAACAAACCCCACGGAAUAAUCUUAUCCCGCUUUAAACUUCCGCGCCUCGCAUCCCGCCUGCCGGGGUGGGCGAGCCGGUGGUGCUGCUCCUGCAGGAGCUGAGCUGGGGUCAGCUGGAAGAUGACUGAGUACAAGCUGGUGGUGGUGGGAGCUGGUGGUGUUGGGAAGAGUGCUCUGACAAUCCAGCUCAUCCAGAACCACUUUGUUGAUGAGUAUGACCCCACAAUAGAGGACUCGUACCGGAAGCAGGUGGUGAUCGACGGGGAGACCUGCCUGCUGGACAUCCUGGACACGGCGGGGCAGGAGGAGUACAGCGCCAUGCGCGACCAGUACAUGCGCACCGGCGAGGGCUUCCUCUGCGUCUUCGCCAUCAACAACACCAAGUCCUUCGAGGACAUCCACCAGUACAGGGAGCAGAUCAAGAGGGUGAAGGACUCAGAUGAUGUCCCCAUGGUGCUGGUGGGGAACAAGUGCGACCUGCCGGCGCGGACGGUGGAGACGCGGCAGGCGCAGGACCUGGCCCGCAGCUACGGCAUCCCCUACAUAGAGACCUCUGCCAAGACCAGACAGGGGGUGGAGGAUGCCUUCUACACCCUGGUGCGGGAGAUCCGGCAGCACAAGCUGCGCAAGCUCAACCCCCCCGACGAGAGCGGCCCCGGCUGCACCAACUGCAAGUGUGUGGUGUCCUGAGGCUGGCUGGGCCCUGGCCUGGAGAGGUUCCUGCGGUGCCGAGCGGA